AUGGUUGGCCAAAUUCUCAAUUCCCAAAGAUUGGUUCAGUUGGCCGCAUUUCACCCAAAUCUCAAGAACUUGUGGUAUCUGGUAGCUGCCACAACAUUUAGCGUCUGCAAUGAACCACAAGAACUAAAGAAACUGUAUCAUUUUGCAAUGCUGAAUGAUACAACACCUGGAGACAGCUUGAAGAGUGCACACAAGACCAUAGAGCUUUUUGAAUCCGGCUUUGACGAGGUGGAGGAGCUCAUCAAUAAUAGGUAUGCUCAACCCACUUUGUCUCAGCGCAGGAUGACUCAAAAGUUUAGGGAAGCCUUGUUGAAGAGCAGUGCUCUUGCCGGAAUUCCUAAGGCAAUCAAUGGCUUACAGGCGCUAAAGUUGGUCACUCCAAAUAGUUUAAAGCCCGUCACAGAGGACAUUGAUGCCAACAGCGAUAGACUUCUGGUGGGGACAAUGAGGCCGACAGGUUCAUCGAUUGAACAGGGCAACAAACAUGGCAUUGCGCAUUGGAACAUGAUCUACAACAAAGUUUCAAACAAAGUAGUAAACAAUCUUAAUUCUUCGUAUCCCGAUCUUUGGCAAUAUAUUCUCUGCAACGUGUACGGUCCACUGUUGUCGUUCGACGAAAUACUGGAUGCCCAAGAGACUAGCUUAGUUGUAAUUGCAUCGCUAGUUCCCCAAGAUUUGAAUUUACAAUUGUGGGGCCACUUGAAAGGCGCUUUAAAUGUGGGUUGCGAUCAAGAGACUGUUAGUGCCGCUGAAAAUCUCAGUAUUGUCAUAGCCCAAUGGUGUGAAGUUAAAUGGAAAGCGGACGUGGUUAAGUUGUGA